AUGAGAUGGGGGAUCCGGAAGCAGCACGCGGCGUCGGCUGCGCAAGGCGUGCAGGGGGAUGAAGGCGAGCGAGGGAGCAAGCAGGGCAAGGGCAGGGCCUUCUCCUUCUCCCCUCUCUCGUGGCUCGCCAAGGUCACGGGGAAGGAGAAGCCUUUCGCGUCCGCGUCGUCUGCGUGCAAGAACGGCGCGGCCGCGGCCGGGGCUCCCCCGUUCCCGUCGUGCCUCCCCAAGCGCACCAGCCAGAGCCCAGCCAUGGCCGCGCCGGGCCGGCCCUACAGCCCGCCGCCGCGCCGCUCCCCGCCCGACGUCGUGCCGCAGCGGCUGUCGGUCGGGAACGACAAUGCCGACGACGCGGCCGCGCGCCAGCAGUGCCAGCACCUCCGCAGGCACUGCUCUCUCGGCGGGGACCGCGAGCUCCCGCCGCUGGGCCGCCUGAUCCCCUUCUCCCUCGCCGGCUCCCCCGCGCGCGCCGCGUCUGCCGCGGCGCCUUCAGACGCGACGGACGCCGCGGGGGCCGCGGGGGAGCCGGCGCGGGCGAGGCGACGCCGGCGGCGCCGUAGCAGCAGCCGGCGCCUCAGCGUGAGCGGCGGGCGGAGGUCGUCGUCGUCGUCCAUCUCCGGGCGGAUGCUGCCGCCGCGGGUGCGCGUGCGGUCGCCGCGUCGCGCGCCCGGGCUGGCGGAGAGCCUCGCGGUGGUGCGGCGGACGCGGGACCCGCAGCGCGCGUUCCGCGAGUCGAUGGUGGAGAUGAUCGCGAGCACGCGCGGAGGCGCGGGGGAGCUAGAGCGGCUGCUGGCGUGCUACCUGUCCCUGAACGCGGACGAGCACCACGACUGCAUCGUCAAGGUGUUCCGCCAGGUCUGGUUCGAGUACCUCAGCCUGCUGCCCCGCCCGGACGGGCGCCGGCGCUGCUGA